AUGACUGAGGCAGAGGUGACGCGGCAGGAGAUGGUGAGCCUGCUGUGCAUGGGUGACCGCACGCACUCCCAGCUGAUGGACCUGCUGCCCGAGAAGUGUGGCACCAGUGCCCACAGCCGGGACUUCGAGGCCUUCCUCGAGGAAGUGGCGCUCUACAAGCAACCAAACUUUGAGGCCGGUGGCAACCUGCUGCAGGGAAUGUACGUGCCUCGAGGAUCAGUGUGGGAGCGGGAGUACGAUCCCGUGCACGUCCUGCUGCGUGCUGUGCAUCGCAAGGACUAUCAGGCAUCCAUGGACCGAUACACCCACUUCAUGCGCCAAAAUGGUCGGCUCAAGGGAAGUGCCACACCCUGGCCCCCAUUCCGGCUUCCACGCAAUGUGCACCCAGAGUUGGUGGACCCUCGCAAACUGCUACAAUGCAAGACUAUGCAGGCUGCUCUGUUCAUCAUCCUGUUCAAGGCGCUCAAAGACCCAGAGGUUCCGGAGCAGGUACUGGCGCUUGCUGUUUACCUGCUAGAGAUGGCCCUGCAGUUUCAUCCGCACUCUGUGUCCCAGAAGUGCUCCCUUUACCGCAAACACGUCGACAUUUGUUACGUCUGUGGGAAGCUGGGACAUCGAGCUGACGUCUGUCCAAACCCAGGUGAAACCAUCUGCAGAGGUUGUGAGAUCAAGAAUCCAGAUGAGCAGCACCAGUGCGAUCCAACAUGCAAGCUGUGUGGCGGUCACCACCCCACAGCAGACAAGGAGUGA